CGUGAACACACUCCCAGUCUGUCUUUGCCCAGACAGUUUGACACAGUUGUUUUAUAAGCAGCUGCAGACUCCACCAGACCGCCACCUGACAUCUUCAAUCCUCAUACACCUGAGGAGCAAUGUCCACCGUCUACCUCCUCCUGCUGCUGCUCCCUCUGGUGUCAGCACAGACCUACCGCUGGGGUCAAUGUCCUACUCCCGACGUGCAGCCUAACUUCAACCUUCAACAGUACCUGGGCCGCUGGUAUGAGAUCGAGAAGCUGCCAGCUUCCUUCGAGAGAGGGAAGUGCAUCGAGGCCAACUACUCCGUAAGGAAGGACGGUACCAUUCGGGUGCUGAACUCUCAGUUCUAUAAAGAGAAGACGAGGCUAGCAGAAGGAACAGCAGUGGUUCAAGACCCAAGAGACCCGGCCAGACUUGCAGUUGGCUUCUCGUAUUUUGCACCCUACAGUCCUUACUGGAUUCUGUCCACUGACUACACCACCGUGUCCGUCGUGUACUCCUGCACGAACAUCCUCAACAUUUUCUACAUCGAGUACGCCUGGAUCCUCGGACGGUCUCGCUUCCUGCUUCCGGAGACCGUGAGCUACGCAAAAGAGCUGCUGAUGAACGAAGGGGUUCAACUGUACAGGAUGAAGGCCACAGAUCAGAGGAUGUGCAAGGAUGACUAGGUAUUCAUGGAGGCUUCCACUCAUUCACCUGUAACCAGAUGAGGCAGGGCUGAGUACUGGAUCAAUAGUACCUUGUAUUGCAAUUAUCACAGCAAAAAAAUAUCAUUAUGAUUUGCUUUGACUUCCAUUAUUUAUCCAGCAUCGUCAUGUUGUAACUGUUCCUCAAAUCCCUGACAAAAAAAUAGAUCAAUCUGCUGUGUUUACAGAUAUGAAAGAUAUUCAUAAAAUAUAUUUUUAUAUUUUAAUUCUGUAGUAACUGCUCACUGCUUUAAAGACGGAGAAAAUUUAAUUUGUUAAAACCUAAAAAUGAACAGCAAUGCUCAAGGAAGUUACUAGUAAUAUAUUGUGUUGGAAUAAUAGUUACAUUAUGUGAAUUACAAAGUGUUGCAAUGAAACAAGCAUAUUUGUGGUGAUGGCAAAAAAAAAAAAUUGUGGGUGAAUUCUAUCUAUAUUAAAGCUGUAUUAAGCAGAU